CGCUGUAUCUACAAUAAAAAAAAUAAAAAGAGAAGGAAAUUUAAAGAACAAGAAUCGAAGUUUAUUUACUGAUAUCUCUCUCGAGCCUCAACUCCUCGCAUUCUCUUCUCCAUCCUUUUCGAUUCUGUGCGCCAGAUUUCGGAUCGGAGAGGAGAAUCCAUGGUUGAGACCAGGCGAAGUUCGGCUUCAUCGAAGCGUUCUAUUCCGCCUGCAGGAGCGCCUUGUCUGCCCAACGGCAAGCGUUCUAAGGUGGCGGAGGCAUCUUCCUCGAUCAACGGGRUUCCUUGUGUUUUGCCUGUUGAAACCCUAGGUUCGUCAAAAGAACCAGGUUCUGAAUCGCAUGACCAGGAGGGUCGCUUCUCUGAUCCGUCUGUUUGCGAUCCUUCCAAGGAAUUCGAUAGCUGCGAUGCGGUUAUGCUGGAGAAACCUCAAGAUGUAAAUGGAGAAGGAGAGACUUUGGUGUCACCGUCUUCUAUAGGAGCACCUGCCAUGGAGGACGAUAAUGUCAAUAAUGCGGUAAUGAAUCGAGCGAGGAAACGAUCAAUAAAGUCUCGCGCAAAGGUUGCAUGGGGAAAGCUUCUUUCGCAGUGUUCCCAGAACCCUCACUUGCUUAUGUGUGGUUCUCCAUUUACUGUUGGUCAAAGCCAACAAUGCAACUUGUGCUUGAGAGAUCCAUCUGUCAGUACGGUUCUUUGCAAGCUGAAGCACUUAGAGCGAGGAGGCACAUCUAUUGUGUUGUUAGAGAUCUCAGGAAGCAAAGGUGUUGUCCAAGUAAAUGGAAAGGCGUUUGGGAAAAACUCCAGCACAAUACUCAGUGGAGGGGAUGAGUUGGUUUUUAGUUCAACUGGUCAACAUGCAUAUAUUUUCCAGCAACUCACAAAUGACAGCUUAGCCUCACCACUGUUCCCAUCUUCAGUUAGCAUACCAGGAUCCCAGAGUGUUCCAGUUAAAGGAAUACACUUUGAGACCCGAUCACGAGACCCCUCUGCUGUUGCAGGAGCAUCAAUAUUAGCAUCUCUGUCAAAUCUUAGAAAAGAUUUAUCACUUCUUCCACCACCUGCCCAAACUGGUGAAGGAGUACGACAACAUGAUCUAGAGAGGCAGAUGUUGCCAUCUGGUUGUGAAGAUGGCCUUAUGCCAAACAUUAAGGUUACUUGCCAUGGUAGAAAAGAUAUUUCCAAACAUAACGAGGAGGCUGGUAUUUCUUCUAGUGAAAAAGAUACUGUGGUCAUAUCCUCAGAUACUGCUACCAACAAUCGUAUGCAUCUUGACAGCACUGGCUUGGGUGCUCAUCUUGAUGCAGAAAUUGGGGCAAUUUCUGGGACAAAUUAUGAAUUAAGGCCACUGUUGCGGAUGCUGGCAGGAUCCUCUUCUCCUGACUUUGAUUUAAGUGGGAGCAUUUUAAAAACAAUUGAUGAGCAAAGGGAAAUUAAGGAACUCCUUAAGGGCUUUGGUCAACCAAGAAAUUUGCCCUCAAGCAAGAAACAGGCAUUCAAAGAUGGCUUACAACAAAGAAUUCUCAGUUCUAAUGACAUUGAUGUCUCAUUUGAUAAUUUUCCAUACUAUCUAAGUGAGACCACAAAGAAUGUUUUAAUAUCAUCCACUUACAUACAUUUGAAGUGUAAGGAAUAUUCCAAGUAUAUCAAAGAUCUUUCUAGUGUGAGCCCACGAAUAUUAUUAUCUGGUCCAGCAGGCUCUGAAAUAUAUCAGGAAACCUUGAUAAAGGCACUUGCUAAACAUUUUGAGGCUAGAUUGCUUAUAAUUGAUGUUGUCCAGCUACUUGGUGGACUAUCUCCAAGGGACUCAGAAUCUGUAAAAGAAUCAAGAUCAGAAAAGUCAGCGACAGUGCCCAAGCAACGAACAACUCAGGCAGAUGCAAUACAUCUUAAGAAACCAACUUCUAGUGUUGAGGCUGAUAUCGCCGGAACAUCUAUGUUUUGCUCCCAAGCUCUGCCAAAGCAGGAGGCAUCAACUGCAUCUUCUAAGAACUACAAAUUUAAGCAUGGUGACAGAGUAAGAUAUAUUGGGGGUGGGGUGAAUUCUUCUGGUGUUCCUCCUCUUCAGACUUCUUCAAGGGGACCAAGUCAUGGUUAUCUAGGCAAAGUGGUUCUUGCUUUUGAAGAGAAUGGAUCCUCCAAAGUCGGAGUUAGAUUUGAUAGAUCAAUCACAGAAGGUAACGAUCUUGGGGGCCUUUGUGAAGAAGAUCAUGGUUUCUUUUGCAAUGCUGAUUUACUUCGUUUAGACAGCUCAGGAGAUGAUGAUCUUGACAUCUAUGAACUGUUUGAGUUGGCUUAUAUUGAAAGUAAAAAUGGUCCAUUGAUAUUGUUCCUGAAAGACAUUGAGAAGUCUCUAGUCGGCAACAUGGAGGCAUAUAUACAUUUAAAGUUUAAGCUUCAUAAUCUGCCAGAAAAUAUAGUUGUAAUUGGCUCACAUACCCAGCUGGAUAAUCGGAAGGAAAAGUCACACCCAGGUGGCCUUCUGUUCACAAAAUUUGGGAGCAACCAAACAGCUCUACUUGACUUUGCUUUUCCGGACAAUUUUGGUAGGUUACAUGACAGAAACAAAGAGGUCUCAAAAACAACCAGGCAACUCAACCGACUUUUCCCAAACAAAGUGACCAUACAGCUACCACAAGAUGAAGCUCUACUUUUGGAUUGGAAACAGCGACUGGAUCGUGAUGUUGAAACACUUAAAGUGCAGUCAAACAUCAUUAAUAUUCGUUCUAUUCUAAACCGAAAUGGAUUGGAGUGCCCUGACCUUGAAACACUUUGCAUAAAGGAUCAAGCUUUUACUGGUGAAAGCGUGGAGAAGAUAAUUGGUUGGGCUUUAAGUUAUCACCUUAUGAAUAGCAAUGAAGCUUCUAUGAAAGAUGAUAAACUUGUGAUUUCCAGUGAAAGCAUAACAUAUGGGCUCAACAUUUUGCAUGAUAUACAAAGUGAGUCUAAGAGUCUGAAGAAAUCACUCAAGGAUGUGGUCACUGAUAAUGAAUUUGAAAAGAGACUUCUGGCAGAUGUUAUUCCAYCAAAUGAUAUUGGAGUUACUUUUGAUGACAUUGGUGCAUUAGAAACUGUGAAGGAUACAUUGAAGGAAUUGGUUAUGUUUCCUUUGCAAAGGCCAGAAUUGUUUUGCAGGGGACAGCUGACAAAGCCAUGCAAGGGAAUACUGCUAUUUGGACCUCCUGGCACAGGCAAAACGAUGCUUGCAAAAGCUGUUGCAACAGAGGCAGGAGCAAACUUUAUCAAUAUAUCAAUGUCAAGUAUUACUUCAAAGUGGUUCGGUGAGGGUGAAAAAUAUGUCAAGGCAGUGUUCACACUGGCAAGCAAAAUAUCUCCUAGUGUAAUUUUUGUUGAUGAGGUUGACAGCAUGUUGGGAAGACGUGAAAAUCCUGGAGAGCAUGAAGCUAUGCGAAAAAUGAAAAAUGAGUUCAUGGUGAAUUGGGAUGGCCUGCGUACGAAAGAUAAAGAACGUGUACUGGUACUUGCUGCCACCAAUAGGCCAUUUGACCUUGAUGAGGCUGUUAUUAGGAGGCUUCCCCGAAGAUUGAUGGUAAAUUUGCCAGAUGCUGCAAAUAGAGAAAAAAUUCUGAGAGUCAUAUUGGCCAAGGAAGAAAUAGCACCUAAUGUUGAUUUAGAAGCAGUUGCAAAUAUGACAGAAGGCUACUCUGGAAGUGACUUAAAGAAUCUUUGUGUAACUGCUGCACACUGUCCAAUAAGGGAAAUUCUGGAGAUGGAAAAGAAGGACAAAGCUCUAGCAUUAUCGGAGAACAGACCACCACCUGCAUUACAUGGCAGUGAAGACAUUCGUCCUCUAAACAUGGAUGAUUUCAAAUAUGCGCAUGAGCAGGUAUGUGCAAGUGUUUCAUCAGAGUCAGCAAAUAUGAAUGAACUUCUCCAAUGGAAUGAGUUGUAUGGAGAAGGCGGAUCAAGAAAGAAAAGAUCACUCAGCUAUUUCAUGUAAAGGUAUCCUAUUUGUACAGUCCAAUUUUUUGCCGCUUUUUCUUUUGCCUCUACAGCCAGACGAAAAAUAGGAAUUGUUAUUGAUGGAUAUUCCAUCACAGGCUUCAAUAUAUCAUGUAUAGUGUGAUAUUUAAUCGGCUCUAUUUAUAUGAUCGUUAAUCUAAUUAGAUGUUUGCCAAGCUUAUGGUCCAAAGGAAGCUAUUUUGCUACUAUGGUGAUUUUUUCUUGUAUAAAUUCAAUUUCAGCAAUGUAAUAAGCAUCAUCAUGAUUUUCUUUUCAAA